CCAAAUCAAAGCUGCCGUAAACACUUUGAAGUGUGAUUAAAAUUUAAAUCCAAAUUGUGAGUUUUCAUAGAAAUUUCUACUUCACCAUGGCGGAUCCGAGUAUCAAUGACAUCGAUGAGACUGUGGCUCCUCCCCUCGGAGGCGCUGACAGCUUCGACCUGAACAAGCGGCUAGAUUGCGAGCAUUUAGAUCAGAUGACGGAUAAUUGGACCGAUUAUCAAAGACCCUCGUUUGCCACCGAACUUCUGCGAUUUUUCGGCAACGUAUUUGUCGAUAUAUUUAAUGCGAUUUUCAACUGAUCUAAUCCGUAUACUUGUAACUGUUGCAGAGCAGUCAAUGGUUCCAUAGCAAAACUAAUAAAAUCUUUAGUUAG